AUGAUGAAAGUAAAACGACGGGCACCAGCAAGGCCAUCCACCUUUUUUACUUUAUGGAACGCAUCGCUUGUCAAGUAUUUAAUAUUAUUACUAUGUACGAAAACGCUUGGUACGACAACGGUAUCCGCCUUUCAAUUCACAACCUCUUUUGUGGUCCGAGCGGGUUCGCGAACGGCUUCUUUCGCCUCACCCACUGCCCUCCACAUGGACAGUGAAUUUUUCACAGACGCAACGGAAACCCCCGAGACUGUCGCGGAGACGCCGGAGUUGAAGGACAAAAACGAAAAAGUUUUCGAAAAAGGAGCACUAGUAAGGGUUUGCGUCGAGGGUGUCAAGGCUUUCCAAGUACCUAAAAAGGGGCAAGGGACCUUCGACGCGGACAAGAACUUUGUUCUGGGAGAAAAAUUUCUCCUCUUACCGGUAGGAAUGCGUGGGACGAUCACCAAAAUAUACAACCAAGACGAAGUGAGCGCAAAUUUUCCAGUACAGGUGAAAUUUCAACCGGGCACAAACCUGGAAGAAGGAUACGAUGCACCGGUGGCAUUCAUGAUGCACAUGGAAACGUAUGAAAUUGAAGUGAUUUGAUUCACUGUCGGAGCUCAUACCUUUUAGGAGCAGAACGUCACGCGCAGAUAAGACCGUUUCCAUGUGCAUGCAGCAACAUCCUGCCCUCUGUACCAACAGCAAAGACAUACACGGGCUAACGUAAGCUAAGAGGCUAACACAAAACAUAGCUAAAUACCAUCAACGAUUACG